AGUAAAUUUGCUCUUGACUGUGACAUAUUUUGUUAUUUCACUUCAUUAGCUCGCAUAUUAUGUUUCUGCAACUCUCCGUCGUGCCCACAAGCUGUUUGUAAAUCAAGUCAGCGGUGUUUCACCAAACUAUUAAGAAAAGCAAGUGCCGAUGGGAAAGUUUCGACCAGCGUUAUAUACGGUUGCAGUGAGGCGCUGAAUUCAAGUGACGUGUGUUUGGAGUCUUCUCCAAUGAUAUGCUGUGAUAGGGAGCUGUGUAAUAUGCCUAACAUGUUAAGAAAGGCCAUCAAAACACAUCAGCAAAGAACUCAAGUACAUGCUACAGAGCAUGCGCCAAAAGUUGACGAAAACGGCACCGAGUGUACAUUGUCGAUGCCUGCGAUGCGAGUGGCCAGCGUUGUUGCGCCUAGUGUGUUGAUUCUGACGGUGGUCUUCCUAUCAUUAGGAAUGUGUUACAAAAUGUCACGCUACGAGAAGAUGAGAAUCACGAAGAUGGAAAACGGUGUUAAAACCAAGUCGCCAAGUGAUAAGUUAUUCCAAAAAGUACGAGAGUUGAAGGGGUGCGGGUUAUUAGAACAAACACAGUUUGAACGAUGUUUUGCUGUCAUGCAUGCUUGCAGAAAUGUUUCCAAAAUUAAUUGA